UUUGUGUUGACCUUUAGGUUGACUUUUUCUUUGGAUAUGGCAGCUUCAUCCCUUCUUCUUCUCCACAAACCCACCUGCAAUUUCUAUUUCGGUGCUUCCUCUGUUCCUGCUCCAUUUCGAAUCUUCCCUUUGACUCGAAGACGAACGAUUAGGUCUGUCCCUGGCUCUAAUUCUAUGGCCGAUUUAGUCAAAACCAAUGCUCGCAGAGACGGCGAAGAGCCAUUUCGUGCGAUCGAGCAAGAGGCUUUCAUCAAUACUUCUUCGGAGCUUCAUAACGACGCCGGCGGUGGGAUUGAAGCCGUCGCUAAUCGUUUGAGCAAAUGGAUUGUAGCUGCUCUAUUUGGAUCUGUUCUGCUUCUACGGCAUGAUGGUGCAGCACUUUGGGCUGUGAUUGGAUCGGUUUCAAACUCUGCCCUUUCCGUAGCUUUGAAACGUAUACUUAACCAAGAGAGACCCGUUGCUACACUGCGUUCUGAUCCUGGGAUGCCAUCUUCUCAUGCCCAAUCCAUUUCUUUCAUCUCUGUGUUUACUGUCUUGUCUGUUAUGGAGUGGCUUGGAACCAAUGAAUUGUCUCUGUUCCUUAGUGGCCUCGUCCUCGCUUUGGCUUCUUACUUUACAUGGUUAAGGGUUUCUCAGAAGCUUCACACAACAAGUCAAGUUGUCGUAGGUGCAAUCGUGGGUUCUGUUUACUCCACCUUAUGGUAUGUAACCUGGAAUUCACUUGUUCUUGAAGCCUUUACCUCAUCAUUCUCAGUACAAGUAGCUAUACAAACGUUGAAUCCCGAUUCAUGGUCUUACACGCACCUGAGAAGUGUGGUCCAUACAACAUCAUCCUCCUUCUAUGGCAUUUCAUUGGUCAUCUUCUCUGCAUCACUAAGACGUCCUGCUCUACACAGCAGAUCAACCAUACAUCCAUAGGGUUCCUUGGCUGCUCUACACAGCAGAUCAACCCAGGUUAAGCUGUCCCGAAUGGAUGCAGCGGUGAGAACACAGAUGAAUGUUACAGAGUCGGGUGAAGACGCCAGAAUCAACAAGCAUCGCUGAGAAAAAUAGUAGUGCUUCGACAGAGUUGGUUGCAGUUACGUAUCCGUUGAAGAUGGCUGUCCAUGGAACAAUAUCUCAUAUCUCUGUGUGGCAUUUGAUCAAACAGGUGGCGAGCAGCACGCAAAUUCCCGCAUUGAUGAGAAUGAGAUGUCGAGGCUGAGAUGUUGUCUAUCGAAUUUAGCAAGCAGUGUAAUCGAAGCAGCUGUACAAAACCGUUGGACUGCGCUGCCAUGCCUCACAGUUAAAAAUCAAAUUUAUCUGAAUUACCCGGAUAUGCCUUUAUAUGCAAGUAAUAAAUUCUAAAUUCUAACUA